UGAAUUCAAGCGUCUACGAGCGUGCCUCAAAAUGCGUUCUAAAUUAUUUGUAGAUUGAUUUUUCUUACUGUAAUGUACCGUGCGCGAAGACUGAGAAUACUGCUCUCUUGGGCGCUUCUUUUUUUCGUUGUUUUAUUUCUCAUCAAAAACAGAAAACGCCGAGGCGAGAGAAUGGCUGAUGGAGAGGACGUUCUUUCGUUCCGGAAAAGUUCUAAACUUUCCACGACCGAGAGUAAUGUCGACGAAAAGCUUGGAGAAGGACGCUUAAAUGUAUCAGUUUGGGAAGAAAUCUGCGGUUAUGAACUAAUGUCACUGAAGGAGUUCCCGCUUUUCCCACACUCGCCGACAUCACGCCGAAGCACGUCGACCUUGCGAUUACGCUUCAAACAAAACUUAGUAAAUGUUGGAUUACGAAUUUUCGGAUUUAUUUCGCCGAUAGAAUCUGGGAAUUACAACUUUCAUUUAGCUUCGAGUGGAUCGACGGAAUUGUGGAUUAGUUCGGAUACGAACCCCGAAAAUAGCAAGCUUGUGGGAAACGUAACAUCGGGGACAACUCGGACACAUGAUGGAAAUAUUAUUUCUUUAUCAGCGCGAAAGCUUUACUAUUUAGAAAUUUUACAUAAACAUGGCCUUCACAGCCAACAUAAUUUCAUGUACGUUAAAUGGCGAUCUUCGACUUGGAAAGAGCAAGGUUAUAGAGAUAUUCCUUCAGAUUUACUUAUGCCAUCCGAGGACGAUCAACAUUCAAAUGUAUUUGGUAAAAUCAAACUGCAAUCGUUACUGAAUCAGCGAGUUGUUCAACGGGAUACCAUCCUUCCAAUGCACGUUCAACAAAGUGAACCAUCCUUUGUAAAUGAAGAAGUAAAACGUCGUUCAGAAAUAUAUUUCCUUCCCUUCAUCACCGAAGAAGACACUAAAGAUUUAUUCCCGCCUUGUCAGUAUAAUCCAUCCUACAUAGUGAAAAAUCCUUUAGAUAGAUACCAGUCCAUGUGGGAAACCCAUUACACCUCGAUUUAUCCUCACGACCAUGCAGAUAUUAUGAGAAAGAGGUGGGAAACGGACGAUUUUGUGACUUUUGGUAACGAUCAGUUGGACGAAAAUGCAGCAAGGAAGAUUGUUGCUCAAGUCUGGACGCAAAUUCAAGUCAAGUCCCCAAGGAAGUAUAUCCUUGAACACAUCUUGAAUGUGGAAGAAAAUCAUGAUCCUGAAAAGGGUGACAGAUAUUUAGUAGAACUAGAACUGAAAGAAAUUUCAAGUAGGAGAUCUUUGAGGUUCUCUGAAUAUGUGUACCGGCUUAAGGAAUCGGGUGCUUUCUGCAUCCCUGUGGGCGUGGCAUGGAACAAGAGGGCUGUCGUCAACAUCCUUCUUGCAACCGGGAAUAAUCAGGGGCGAUGGACUCUCCAUUUUCUUGAUCACAUGUCAAGAAUACACAAUAAGACCAUGGAUUUCAAUUUUAAUGUAAUUAUCGCUGAAUUCGAUGGCAUCGAUGUUGACUUAAAGGAAGCUCUGAGGAAGAGUGGAAUCCCACAGUAUCGGCAUAUUAGACUUCGAGGAAGAUUUGAAAAGGCCAAGGGGCUACAGCUGGCUGCCAGUACGGUUACAAAUCCGAACUCAAUAGUGUUUGUCAUGGAUCUUCAUUUAGAUAUUCCCUAUCAUUUUCUAGAUGAUGUCAGAAAGCAUUGUGUUCAAGGCAAGAUCGCCUACAGUCCCAUACUCGUUCGACUAUCUUGUGGGGCGACAGCACGGCAUCGCAGAGGCUUUUGGGAACACUUUGGUUACGGUUUGAUGGGCAUGUACAAAAGUGACUGGGACAGAAUUGGAGGAAUGAAUGUAAAAGAGUUCAAGAACAAAUGGGGUGGAGAAGAUUGGGAGAUCUGUGAUCGCAUUUUGAUGAAUGGUAUGGAGAUAGAGAGGCUAAAAAUGGUUCAUUUAUUUCAUUAUUUCCACACCAAAAAAGGCAUGUGGUCUGAUGUUAGAAAUGACACAGAUAUUGUCGAGUACACAGACCUCUCCUGACAUAAUAAAUGAGUGUGAUUUGCAGCCGGAAUGCAAUAAAUAAGAUUUGACAGACAAAUAGGAAACUUUUGAAAUUGGCACUUUAGUGUAGAUAAGAUAUUCAUAUAUUUUAACUGAAGAAUAGUAUUAUUUUCUCGUUGACUUUCAUCGAAUUUAUAUGCGAAAAAGAAAUAAAAAGGUAUGCAAUUCAUGAAUUUAUGGACAAGUUCACCUCGAUCGAUUAUACAAAACGAAUUCUUUUUUUUUUUUUUCACUAUAUACAACAAAUUUUGAGUGUGAAAACGAUCAAACUGCAUGUUAUCUUGUGAUUGGACAGCCGCCACUCUCAGAAUCGAGAAUUUUCUCACAGGUUCGAAUAGUUUCGAAAAUCCUCGAGGGGCUUACGCCAAUUAUAAAGGUCGCCACACACACGGGGGGACUAGUCCCUGCGACUAGUUCCUGCAACUAUUCCCCUGAAGAGUUUACACGAAGGGACUGGUCGCAAGGACUAGUCCCUAGUAGUGUUUCCACGCAGGGACCAAUUGCACAGGAAAGUAGCAAAAACUGGGGGCAAAUGGUGUCAUUCUUUCACUCUACAGCUUUCUUAAGAAACCAAAAUUCUUAAAAUAGCAAUGUAGCAUUGCAAUAAAUCAGCUCAGUACAAACCGCAGAUUGUUCAGCGAAAUUAUGCAGUGCUUGAAUUGUUUCUGAUUCAGUUAGGAUAUAAGCAGAAAUAACGCUUUGUUACCGAUCAGAUGUGGCCAAUACAGAAACAAAAGGGGCGGAAAUUCGAUCAAGAUUUCCAGUACUCGUGUAAAUUAUUUCAAAACUGGUUUAAUCCCGGGAAGGAAACAUCAAAGAAAUUAUCCCGGAAGUCACGCAAUCGCCUCUGUACAUUGUGUUUUCAGGCGGGAAAAUAUGGCAAAUAUGAUUGUGAUACCGAUCUGUGAUUGGUUUAUUUUAAUUUGGUCGCAGGAACUAGUCCCACGAACAGUUCACACGAAGCGUUUUGAGGAACAAGUCCAGGGACCAAAUUUUAGUCCCUGCGACUAGAUUUUGUGGCAAAAAUGGCUAUUUCAAACGAUGGGACUUGUUCCCUGGACUUGUUGCAGGGACUAGUCGCAGAGACUAGUCGCAGGGACUAGCCGCGUGUGUGCCGACCUUAAAGAUGAUAUGCUUUACUUUAAUUAAUUUUUGAUGCUAAUACAUCAAGACAAAAAUACUACGAAAAAGAAAGUGUGCAAUCAGUCUUCUCUUGUGUUUCAAUUUGCGGUUCGUUUACCCUUGUUUUUGUUAGUUCAGUUAUGUUUUCAUACGACAUAUUAAGACAUAUUAUUUUUUACACUCCAUGGUAAUAUGGGGUGUUACAAUGUUGUUAACCCUUUGAUAUAUGAAGAGUGACUGGCUUCUAAUUUCUCCUUACAUUAAUACUGCUGGAUCAUUUAUUAAGAUCAUGGGAAUAAAGGAAAUU